CGUUAUUACGUGAGUUCGUGACGUCUCGCGAGAUGAGACUUGAGAUGUCGGGAUUCGCUGUUCGGCAGAGGCUGAGGUGCGGAGCGUUUUAGCAGCGAUCCGGGCUGCGGGUUGUGUGAAGCGGCACUGUUGGGCGAUAAAGCAAAUCUGAGCCUCUGGGCCGUGUCCUUGUGGCCUGGGCAGUAUGUCUCAUAGAGGGAGUGAGCGAGACCUGCAGUCUUCUGCUCGAAGGAUGGGUACAUCUCUGCUUUUCCAACUGUCAGUGCAUGAAAGGGAACUAGAUCUGGUAUUUUUGGAUCACAGCUAUGCCAAACCAUGGAGUGCACACCCUGAUGCCAGCAAUGCACGGCCAACCCGCACCCUCUUCAUUACUCCUAGGAGACAGCAAGAAAGUGUGGUUGAAACCGAUGUCCCUAUUGAUGUUGAAUCUGUGACACCCACACCUAUGCCACUGUAUGACAACCACAAGGCAAGAAAUGUUAUGAAUGAGUGUGAGCGUCAUGUGAUUUUUGUGCGAACUGACACAGAAGCUCCACCUCCACCUGAUGACUGGGAAGAACACCUCAACAGGUCAGGAUGGACUGCUGCACAGAAUAAACUUUUUAACAAGAUUUUAAAAGCCCUGCAGUCUGACCGCCUAGCACGGCUUGCUAAUGAAGGGGCUAUCAACGAGCCUGUGCUUCGUCGGAUUGCAGUGGAUAAAUGUGCACGUCGUGUACGCCAAGCUUUGGCAUCUGUCAGCUGGGACGCAAAGUUGGUGCAGUGGUUGCAUACCACACUAGUAGAGACACUCAACCUGCCCCUGUUAGCUGCAUACCUGGAUGCACUGCAGACUCUGAAGGGAAAGAUCCCAUCUCUCAUUGACCGCAUGUUGCUGGCGUCCAGUCUGAAGGCAGGUGGUGCCGGAGCAGAAGCACUGUCUUUGCUACUGAAGAGGCCCUGGGAUCCAGCAGUGGGAGUCUUGUCUCAUAAUAGGCCGAGCAAGCUGCCCGGUACUCCUCUUAUUCUCAUUGCUCCCUCAACACCAGCCAGCUCUGUAUUCCCAACCUCAAGACGGCAGCGAUUCUGGCAGUCUCAGCUUUCAUGCUUAGCCAAGGUCAUUCCGGUUGGGGCUCAACUAAUAAACAAUACCAGCUCUGGUGUCACCACCGUGCAGUGUUUGGAACACAUGAUUGGUGCUUUGCGGGCAAAAGUCAUUGAGAUUCAUAAUCACUUUCCUCACAAACCGGUCAUUCUUCUGGGAUGGAACACUGGAGCACUCAUUGCGUGCCACGUAUCCCUGAUGGAGUAUGUAACAGCAGUAGUAUGUCUGGGCUUUCCACUGCUCACUGUGGAUGGGCCCCGUGGGGAUGUUGAUGACCCUCUUCUUGAUAUGAAGACCCCAGUUCUUUUUGUAGUGGGCCAGAACUCUUUGCAGUGCCAUCCAGAAGCAAUGGAAGACUUCCGAGAAAAAUUGCGAGCUGAUAACAGUCUGGUCAUAGUUGGAGGAGCUGAUGACAACCUAAGGAUAAGUAAAAUUAAGAAGAAAUCUGAGAGCCUGACUCAAAGUAUGGUGGACAGAUGCAUCCAGGAUGAGAUUGCAGACUUUCUGACUGGGGUUCUUACUAGAGCUGAGGGCCACAGUGGUUCGGAUCCCCGUGACUUGGAUGCUGAGAAGAAAAGGAAACCACGGGAAUUUCUGCGCAGAGACCUUUCUUUGGAUUUAGCUGAAAGAAGCAGCAGGCCCACAUCCCCAGCAUCACGUUUCCCUGCCUCUCCUUCUGGCUCUGAGGAUCUCUCCAGUGUGUCCAGCAGCCCAGCCUCAAGCCCUAAGACCAAAUUAACUACUACUCCCACUACCCACAAACAGGGGCAAUCAGGAUUACCCCUAAAGACCCAAAUACAGAGACCUGGAGCAACAGUGAACCAAAAGCAAACACAAGCUCAGUUUGCUGCAUUCCUAAAACAGAACAUGUUGGUGAGAAAAUCUCUGUCCACAGGGUCCCCUUCUUGUGUCUUUGUUCCAGUCUCUGAAUCUCCUGAUGCUGCUGAGAAAGAAGAUAGGGUUCAUCUAAAGAGGCCCCCCAGCCCUGGAAGUUCCACUGGAAUAAAGCCCUCCAAGCGAGCCAAGAUUAAAGUCACAAUCUUAUCCCAUGGGGAGGCAACAGGGGGAGUCUCCCAGGAUGCCUUGAAGCCUAUGCCUGGAACAAUCAGUCAGUCCACUGUCAGCAGCAAGGAGCUUACCAGCCUCCUCACCACACCCAAGUUAGUUGCUGAACCCGCCACUUCCUCUGCCCUCAUCCCCAGCACUUCUACCCCCAGCGCAUUUCACACAAUCCAGAGCCGCUUAGUUUCCAGUAUUGGCUCAGGCUUGCAGAGUCAGACGGUGAACACACAUUCAGGCACAGGCCCUGCAACUUCAGCCAGCAGCCUCCUUCAGGGGUUAAGUUUCAGCCUCCAGGACAUAGGGGGUAAAUCCAGCACUGCAGCACCCUCUGGAAACAACACACAGACCCUGUCAGUGAAAGCCCCAGGACCCCUUCAGGGCUUGGCCACCAUGACGACUGGAACAGGAACCAUUCUGCGCACCAUCCCUGUGGUGACAGCCUCUUCCUCGCUUAUGGCGUCAGCUAGCGGAAAACCUACAGCUAUCCAUCAGCUACUCACCAACGGGGGCUUAGCAAAGCUGGCCAGCAGUCUGCCGGGCCUGGCACAGUUGUCUAGUCCAGCUGCAGGUUUAAAGGCACCAACCACCAUCACUGUCACCCUAAGGGGCCAGCCAAGCCGCAUCACUACUCUCAGUCAGGCUGGCAUCGCAGGAGCUCAUUCCAAGCAAGAAGAUGCCACCCAGCAGGUGUCUGACUCUUCCUCCAGUGUCACUGUGUCUGCUAGCAAACUCCUGCCCCAAGUUAUGCCGGAGCAAAUCAAGGCUCCCGUGGGGUCUCCCUUAGAAAAAUCCUUGCCCUUAGCCAGGGCAGUGACCCCUCCGGCAGUAACAACCAGUCCACCCAAGACUCUCUAUGUUAUGUCGGAUGCCAAGCUUUCUGCUCUUACCAAGUCUGUGGGCAGCGAUCUGGCCUCUCUCCCACUGAAGUCAAUGACUCUGCAGGCGACUUCAGGGGUAACUGCUGGUGCAGUGACUUUUACCACUCCAUCCCUUGCAAACUCUCCCAGUCCGGCCUGCACUGUGGUUCUGUCCAAAAUAGGCCCAGUUCUUCAGACUCCCCCAAAAACUGUGAUCUUGGCAAAGGCAGAAACGGCAGAGAAGAUCCCAGGAAACCACGUAAUGAACGCAGUUGAGAGUCUGGGCAGGGUACCGUCCGUGGUUGAUGAUGGAAGCACCAUAAUUCACAGCCGGGAGUCGCUAAUCGGCAGACCCCUUCUUCAGCCUACUCUAAUAGCACUGUCUGGCACCAGCAGCAUUAUCCAAAACUCUGGGACACUGACCAAUCAGAAGCAGCAGUGACACUGGAAUAUCUGACUUAUUCACAUUUUAGUAAUCUGUAUGCUUCUAUGAACCACAGAAAUUGGUUAUAGCGCCAUGCACUAUUUAACCUCUAGUUUAUAGAACAGAAUCUCUAUGGUGGCGAGGAGUUUGGCCUUUGUUGAAGCUACUCCCAUGGCAUGAGAACUGAAUCUAAUAGCCAAAAAUGUAAAUAUAAUUGCUAAACCUAUUCAAAAAAAAGUGUAGUUAUGAAAACUGUAAAUAUGUCACAAAAUGUAAAUAUAAACAGUUUCUAGAUGUUAGGGUA